GGUAUUAUUCUGCAUUUAUGCAAGACUGUGGUCCCGCAAUGCGCGAGCAGGAGGACAGGCUGAAGUCCUACUACGUGUACAAGUGGAUUCGAAGAAGAUGUUGCGUAAGAAGAAGGGUUGGGAGAGGCCUACAUUUGCCGUGCCUUUGGCGAUGAGGCCGGGGGAGUUUGGCGCCGGCUCGCCGGUGCGACGAGUUGGAGUGACAGUGGGCUUAGCUGUCGCCUUGGCAUUGAUAGUGGGCUUAGCUGCCGCACACUUCCGAGCGGGCUCGGACGUGUUUGCAGGGCUCAAAGGGUCCGCAGGAUUUUCUUAUUAUGCUGCUGCAGGGAACAGUCGAGAGCGAGAGAAUUCGCCGCCGCUGCUUUCCCGAUUGCCGAUGACAGCAGCUGGGCUGUACGAUGUGACAUCGGACGAUCACGGCGGGACGGAGAACGACAUCUCAUCGUCCCUGACAGUAGAGGACUCUGUGGAAGGCCAACUUGAAGAUCUACGGUUCAGAAAUACCGUCUCAGGGUCCACCCAGUGUGACUUGACGAAAGGGAGAUGGGUAGCUGGGCCGGAGAUGUCCCCCUAUAGCGAGAACACGUGCAAGUACAUACCAAGCAAGUGGAAAUGCAGAAGGGAGGGUAGGGAUACCAACUACUCAAGAUGGAGGUGGCAGCCUGACGACUGUAACCUGGAGCAAUUUAAGGCGGAUGUAUUCUUGGAGCUUUUCCGAAAUAAAACGAUAGGAUUUGUGGGUGACUCCAUUCUGCGCAAUGUUUUCAUAUCAUUUCUGUGCUUGCUCAAUGCCUUCCAGCCUGUUGUCCCUGUCAAUGGAACAACGUUCAAGUCUCGCUUUGCGAGUUUUGAAGUGCCAAGCUAUGGUGUGAUACUUCAUUAUGGGACAUCCCAUUUUCUAACUGUGGAAAGCGCAGAUCAAGAGGAAUUCAAGGCUAUUAACCGGACGCGAGAAGGCCGUUACUAUGUUGUCGUGCAUUUAGACAAGGUGAAUGAUCGAUUGAAAGACAUUAUCACGACGUGUGAUGCUAUGGUCCUUGGGUCUGGGCAGUGGUAUCAAGCCACUGGGAAGACAAAGUUUUACGUGCGUAACUCCACUCUUUGGGAUGGGGUGGAUGAUCUGACGGCAUUCGAAGAGGGCAUGCGAACAGUCAUAAAGCACAUCGAGUCAAACUUCAAAGGACCGGUGGUUUUCCAGUCGUAUGCCCCAUCACACUUCACUGGUGGAGAUUGGAACUCCGGAGGACAGUGUUCGGAAACACAGCCGUGGUCGGAUGACGCCGUUCUGGAAAUGGAGAAGCUAUCUCCUGCAGUUCGUUACGAGGAGGUCCAGCAGCGCGUCUUUUCUGAGACAGGAGGUUCGGUUGAACUACUUGACAUAACUCACUUGAGUAUGUACCGAAUCGACGCACACAUUGUUCGUUCUCAUCGAGAAAGCUUGAGAGAUUGCAUGCAUUGGUGCCUCCCUGGAAUACCGGACACAUGGAAUGAUAUGCUAUUUCGAAUCUUAACAAGGAGACCUGAAAGGAUUCGACAAACAGAAGUCCAUGGCUCAAGUGGAAAGUAGGAUUUAACAAUGUUGUUGCAUUCUUUUGUUCGACCUUACACCACU